AUGGCUCAAAAAUCAGUAAAACCCUCCAGAAAUCAUCUCUCCGAUCAGAAAAGUUUCCGCUAUUUGCCGUUAUUGCCCGCUAUGGCCUCCGCUAUAGCUGCUUGGAGAGGCCGCCGUGAAAUCGUUUCUCCCGUGAUUUUAAUCUAUGAUCCAAACGUCGUGGACUCGAGGGGUUUGAGCACGUUCGUGGCGCUCCGUCUUAUCUUUCUCAGUGAACCACCAGCCAGCGCUGUGAGGACGACUCUUCGCGCUUGCUUGGUUGAUCAGAGAGGAGUGCCUAAGCCAUCCCAUGAAGUUUCUCAGAGAAUAACAUUCAAGAAGCCCCAAGAUAGCUCAGAGAGAAUUAAGCUAGAAGGAUUGGGAUAUGUCAAGGAUGACUCUUUUAGUGUGCAGUGCACCCUUGAUGUUCUCAAGGAAAUAGGAGAGGAAACGGCCCUUGAAGAACUGCAUCUGCCAUCGUCUGACUUGCACCUGCAAUUGGCUCAACUCCUUCAGAGCGAGACAGGAGCUGACGUCACAUUUCUCGUGUCCGGCGAAUCUUUUUCUGCGCACAAGCUCAUUGUCGCCGCAAGGUCCCCUGUCUUUAUGGCCGAGUUUUUUGGAGACAUGAAGGAGAAGUGCUCGCAAUGUGUGGAGAUCAAGGACAUGGAUGCUGAGGUGUUCAAGGCCCUGCUUCAGUUCAUCUACACAGACACCAUGCCAGAACUCAGACAGCGGGAGUGGGAUGCGGAGGACGAGGCAGAGUAUGAACAGCAGGAGGAGGCAGAUGCAAAGGCGGCGACUGUGAUGGCUCAGCAUCUGCUUGCUGCUGCUGACAGGUAUGGACUGGAUAGGCUCAAGCACAUAUGUGCCGGUAAGCUCUCUAGUAGCAUCAACGUGGACACGGCGGCAACAACUUUGGCUUUAGCCGAGCAGCACAAUUGCCCAGAGCUCAAGACAAGAUGUGUUCAGUUCAUUAUCAGAACUCCUGCCACUCUUGAUGCUGUGUUGGCGACGGAGGGGUAUAAGCACCUCGAGGCAAGCUGCCCUCUGGUGGUGAUCGACCUUCUCAAGGCUGCGCAUGGGAGAAAAAUUUGA